UCCCAAGCUCUAUUCCUUUCCCAAUCCGACACGCAUACGCAUCCCUCUUCUCUUCUACUGGAGCAGCAGCGGCCGCUGGUGGUUCACUGAGAAAUCCAGUCGAGGAUGUUGGCCAUCUUCCAGAAGCAGGUGGCGCACGCGCCCCAGGAGCUGAACAGCCCCCGGGCCGGCGCGGCCAAGCCCAAGAGUCCCGAGGAGAUCCUCAGGGACUUCCACGCCACGAACCCCGCGGAUGCCUUCUCCACCUCCUUCGGGGGUGGCGCCGCGCUCGCCUGCGUCGGCGCGCGCGCCCUUCCCGCCUCCGGCUACCAGAGGAUGUUCUGUGGUCUGGACGACAUCUACUGCGUGUUCCUGGGGCGGCUGGACAACCUCAGCGGCCUGAUCCGUCAGUACGGGCUGUGCAACAAGUCCACCAACGAGGCGCUGCUCGUCAUCGAGGCCUACCGCACCCUGCGCGACCGCGGGCCAUACCCCGCCGACCAGGUCGUCAAGGACCUCGUCGGCUCGUUCGCAUUCGUCGUCUUCGACAACAAGUCCGGCGCCGUCUUCGCUGCCUUGUGCGCCGACGGCGGCGUGCCGCUGUACUGGGGCAUCGCGGCGGACGGGUCGGUGGUGAUCUGCGACGACCGGGAGAUCGUGAAGCGCGGUUGCGGCAAGUCGUACGCGCCCUUCCCCGUGGGGUGCAUGUUCCACAGCGAGGGCGGGCUCAAGAGCUUCGAGCACCCGAUGAACCGGCUCAAGGCGAUGCCUCGGGUGGACAGCGAGGGCGUCAUGUGCGGCGCCAACUUCAAGGUCGACACCUUCACCAAGAUCAACUCCAUGCCGCGCGUCGGCAGCGCCACCAACUGGGCCGCAUGGGACGACGCCAUCUAGUCAGUCAAGUCAUGAUGCUACUGCCGCUACUCAGUGCUCUUCUACCAUGUCCGACCGCGGCCUCCGCCGUCGCCCGUGUCCUGCUGUCUCAAUCUCUCGGCUGUGCUUCCCCCAGGGUCUCAGAGCAGAUUAACAUAGGCUAGUGCUGCAGCGUAGAAGCACACGCCUGCCUUUGUCUUGUUCUUCUUUUCCUCCCUCUUUCGCCAUGCCAAUAUUGUACAUUUUCUGGCGCCUGUGGCUUGUGGACUUGGUUGUUCAACAUGAUGAAUAAUACUAAGAGUUUGCUUGAAAA